AUGUCUCCUUUAACUGUUGCUGUUGGAGAAGCUAAACCUGGUGAAACUGCUCCAAGAAGAAAAGCUUCUCAAAGAGAUGCUGCUUUAACUCGUCCUGCUGAUUCAAAAGCAAAUAAUAUCCCAGAAUUUAUAAAAGAAUGUUUUAAAAGAAAUGGUAAUAAAAAUGCAAUGGGUUGGAGAGACUUAAAAGAAAUUCAUGUUGAAACUAAAGAAAUUACCAAAAAAAUUGAUGGCGAAGAUAAAAAAAUUAAAAAAGAUUGGACUUAUUAUGAAAUGGGUCCUUAUAACUAUAUCAAGUAUCCUGAUUUAUUAAAGUUAAUUGAAAAUUAUUCAAAAGGUUUAAUUGAAAUUGGUUUAAAACCAAAUCAAGAAUCAAAAUUAAUGAUUUAUGCUUCAACUUCUCAUUAUUGGAUGCAAACUUUUUUAAGUUGUACUUUUCAAAAUAUCCCAAUUGUUACUGCUUAUGAUACUUUAGGAGAAUCUGGUUUAACACAUUCUUUAGUUCAAACUGAAUCUGAUGCAAUUUUUACUGAUAAUUCUUUAUUACAUACUUUAAUCAAUCCAUUGAAAAAGGCAAAAAAUGUUAAAUAUAUUAUUCAUGCAGAACCAAUUGAUCCAACUGAUUCAAGACAAGGUGGAAAAUUAUAUCAAAAUGCUAAAGCUGCAAAAGAAGAAUUAUUAACUAUUAAUCCAGAUUUAAAAUUUAUUAGUUAUCAAGAAAUUAUUGAAUUAGGGGCAAAAAGUAAUGAAAAUUUUCAUUUUCCAAAAAGUGAUGAUUUGGCUUGUAUUAUGUAUACUUCAGGUUCUACUGGUGAUCCAAAGGGAGUUUGUAUUACAAAUGCAAAUAUUUUAGGUGCAGUUGCAGGUAUUUCAGAAAAUGCAGGUAGAGAUUUAGUUGGUCCAAACGAUUCAGUUAUUGCAUUUUUACCUUUAGCUCAUAUUUUUGAAUUGGCAUUUGAAAUUGUUACUUUCUGGUGGGGUGUUCCAUUAGGUUAUGCAAAUGUUAAAACAUUAACUGAAGCAUCUUGUAAAAAUUGUCAACCAGAUUUAAUUGAAUAUAAACCAACAGUUAUGGUUGGUGUUGCAGCAGUUUGGGAAUCAGUUAGAAAAGGGGUUUUAGCUAAAGUUAAACAAGCUUCAUUUAUUCAACAAAAAUUAUUUUGGGGUGCUUUUAAUGCAAAAGCAACAAUGAAUAAAUUUCAUAUUCCUGGUGGAUCAUUAUUUGAUAUUAUUUUUAAAAAAGUUAAAGCUGCCACUGGUGGUAGAUUACGUUAUGUAUUAAAUGGUGGAUCUCCAAUUUCAAUUGAUGCCCAAGUAUUUGUAUCUACUUUAAUUGCUCCAAUGUUGUUGGGUUAUGGAUUAACUGAAACUUGUGCAAUGGGUACUAUUGUUGAACAUACCAAAUUUGAACCAGGUACUUUAGGAGCAUUAACUGGUUCAAUAACUGCAAAAUUAAUUGAUGUACCAGAUGCAGGAUAUUUUGCAAAAGAUAACCAAGGGGAAAUUUUAUUAAAAGGAGCAUCAGUUGUAAAAGAAUAUUACAAGAAUGAAAAAGAAACCAAAGAAGCAUUCACUGCUGAUGGUUGGUUUAGAACAGGGGAUAUAGGAGAGUGGGAGAGUAAUGGAGGACUCAAAAUUAUAGAUAGGAAAAAGAAUCUAGUAAAAACUUUGAACGGGGAAUAUAUUGCCCUUGAAAAAUUAGAAAGUAUUUACAGAAGUAAUCCAUUGGUUGGGAACAUCUGUGUUUAUGCAGAUCAAUCCCAAGUUAAGCCAAUUGGAAUUAUUGUUCCAGUCCCAAAUUUUUUACAACAAUUGGGUUUUCAGGAAGAUACUGACUACAAUAACAACAAGUUAACACAAAAAGUAGUCGAUUCCUUAAAUCAAACAGGCCGAUCACAAGGCUUAAAAGGAAUCGAGCUCUUACAAAAUGUUGUCCUCGUCCAUGACGAGUGGACACCAGAGAAUAACUUUGUCUCUUCAGCUCAAAAAUUACAGAGAAAGAAGAUUGUUAAAGAGUAUGAAAAACAGAUUGAAAAAGCUUACCAAUAA